AUGUCGGGAUUUGGUGCUCCUGGUGGAGGCGCCAUCAACUACAAACCCACACCACCGGAACGAGGUUCAUUCCCACUCGAUCACGAUGCGGAAUGCAAAUCAUUCAUUUCUAGCUACCUCCGAUGCCUGCGACGGCAAAACCCUCCUGGAAGGAAUACAGACGAAUGCAGAUUGAUUGCAAAAGACUACUUGGGGUGCAGGAUGGACAAGGGUCUGAUGGCCAAAGAUGAGUGGAAGAAUCUUGGAUUCACAGUCAUGGCCGACGAAGCAGCGGCAGCCCCAGAGACCCGUGAAGAGAAAGAGAAAUAA